AGGGUGUCGGGAGGGGCUUCCAGCAAACCUUCUUCCCUGGCCUCUGGAGGGACCACCGUUGCCGCGGCCUCGGCUUCCACGAUCUGCGUUCGGGCUAAACGGCCACAGCGGCCGCCGCUGCCGGGCGUCUUGUGCCUGGCUCUGUCCGUAUUCGUUCCCGGGCGGCCGCCCCUGUUCCAGCAGCGGCCGCGGCCGACAUGUUGUGAGGCGGCGGCGCUGGUGUCUGAAGGAUGGUUUGGCCGAGGCGGCGGCAACGGCUGCUGGCGGCGGCGGCAGCGGGGGCUCCGGCUCUGUAGAGCCAGCCCGCUGGGUGUCCGCCUGGUACCGCGGCGAGGCCAGUGCCCCGGGACCGUGCCUGUGCUCGGGCGCCGUUGGGGACCGGUUAGGCGACAGCGCCCGCCCGUCUGAGGAGACACGAAGGUGGUUCCCCAGUGUUCAAAUUUCCGGACCACCUUGCUUCCCCUCCCCGACCUGAGCAGUGCUGUCCCCGGAGUCCUCAGCCCCCGACUUUCCUCCCAGCCUCGCCCUAAAUCUCUCACACACACGGGUGUUCCCCGCCCUCUCGAGCUCCUCCCCCGACCCCUUCAUUUUCUGCACCCUCUUCUCGGCGCCCCCGGAUCUCUCUCCAAGGGCGGCCUUUUGAAACAUCUUCGUGGAGUAGUGGACCAGAGCUGGGGAGUUUUUAAAAGUCAGGGCGCGAGAGAGAAGAUACGAUGGCUUCCUCAUCUGGCAACGAUGAUGACCUCACUAUACCCAGAGCUGCUAUCAAUAAGAUGAUCAAAGAGACUCUCCCCAAUGUCCGGGUGGCCAACGAUGCCCGGGAGCUGGUGGUGAACUGCUGCACUGAAUUCAUUCACCUUAUAUCUUCUGAAGCCAAUGAGAUUUGCAACAAGUCGGAAAAGAAGACCAUCUCCCCAGAGCAUGUCAUACAAGCACUAGAAAGUUUGGGCUUUGGCUCUUAUAUCAGUGAAGUAAAAGAAGUCUUACAAGAAUGCAAGACUGUAGCAUUAAAAAGAAGAAAGGCCAGUUCUCGUUUGGAAAACCUGGGCAUUCCUGAAGAAGAGUUAUUAAGACAGCAACAGGAAUUAUUUGCAAAAGCUAGACAGCAACAAGCAGAAUUGGCCCAGCAGGAAUGGCUUCAAAUGCAGCAGGCUGCCCAACAAGCACAGCUUGCUGCUGCCUCAGCCAGUGCAUCCAACCAGGCAGGGUCUUCUCAGGAUGAAGAAGAUGAUGAUGAUAUCUGAAAUUCACCAGCUGAGUUUCUCUUUCCUCUAUAAAUGUUUUUCCUUGCACAAGAAAGCAGUGAAAGAAAUGCUUAUCUGUAAUUUUGUAUGCAUCUUGGUGGACUUGCCAUUGGUAUUCUAGGGAUGUCUGCUGUUAACUGUCAUCUAUUGUGUGCUAUUCAUGUAAAAACUGUCUCUUUGAACUAUUGAAAAUUUAAGAUUCAGUAUAAUAUCAAUUUUGAAUUUUUAAUGGUGUUUAUGAAAUUUUAGAUAGCAGUGAGUCCUUUAUUUGAUCAAUAAACAGUGUUACAGAAAACUUCAAGUUUAUAAAAAUACAGUGAAAUUUAUACAGAAACUCUAAAUCUGCAUUUGCAUUUCCUCUGCCCUUUUAACUAAACCUAAAAUUGGGAAUUUUACGUUAUUGAGGGAGUGGUGCUCUGUAAUGCAGUGGGCAUUAGAUCAGGUUGGUGAAAAAACAAAGACUUCAUUUAUGUAGUAUCUGAAUUUUUCUUUUAAAAUGAGUGUAUACAGGCAAUAAGUAUAUAUGCUCAGAUAAAUACACUUGUUUGAAAAAAAUCUCAAAAUGAGACAUUCAAAAACUAGGAAGGAAUAUGUUCAACAGUAGCUAUAUAAAUUUGGUGGGUUAUGUUUUUGAUUUUGUUUUAUGUAGAGCUAAAAACUACAGUUUUAUUAUGGUGUAGUUCAUCUUGAGCUAUACUAUUACAUUUCAGAGGCUGCCCAAUUUUGAGGAUUGUCAUGAUUCUUCCUAUUUCACUCCAAUAAUUGUUAAUAGUAUUACUUGCUUAGUCCAUCCAUGUUUAUUGGAACUUGUGAAACAAUUGCUUAGGUUCCGUUGGUUUAACUGAGGUAUAAACCUCAUAAAUAUUCAAACCUUUGCUGGGGGAAAGAAAUGAAAGUUAAUGAGCAUGCUUGCUAUAAAAGAGGAAUUUUUUAUAAUUUAACUUGUAGUUAUAGUUUACUUAUUGUUUGUUUUUAGUGUUACUUUUACAUUUUCUUGACUAGAUGGCCUAGAAUGUCCAAUGCUUCCUUUUGAAAUGACAUCAUUGUCUCCUUCAUCGUAAUUGAGUGAUAGCUUUAAAAAGUGAUUGGUUUUGUUUAAGAAAGUGUGUCGUAACUGAUCAGCCUUAUAUGAAACAUAAAUAGUUUCAACCUGCUCAUUAAAACAGAGAAGCUUUAAUUUGGUUCCGAUAAAUAAAGUAUGGUAGUGAUUUUUGUAUGAAUCCAGUAUGUUGAAGAAAUGGCAUAUUGUUUGUAUUUUGGACACAGAAUGGAAAAGCCACUUAAGAUAGUAUGAAGUAAUCUAAAUUCUUGUGUCAGUUGCCAAAUCAUUUAAAUUUCUGUAUUCACCAAGCCCAAGGAUAGAUUGUGGCUCCCAGGAUUCCAAUUUUAAUUGGAGAGCUAAAUAAGUAAAGUUUACAAGUAUUGGACUUCUUAAUGAUCAUAUUUUGCAGUUUUAGUAAAAGUGAAAUAUUGUCAUACAUUUAUUAAAUAUACUUCCUCCAUGCCAUGAAAAGGUUAAUCUUGCUGAAUGUUUUAAGUUCAAGUUGAUAUUGCAUCCAUGAAGUGCUUUGGACAACAUAGAAGGGAUUGUUUUUUUUAAAGUUUAAGUACCAAAGGUAGUCUAGUCUAAGAAAUAAUAAGUUAAUAAGUGUUGGCUUUUCUAAUUUGUACUGUAACAUCCUUAUACUUUCUGUUUUAAGUAUAUCUGUUUCUUAAGUAAACAACUUAGAUAUUUUUCCACACCUUUUUUUUUUCCUGAUGCAGAGUUCAGGUUAAUUAGUAUUUUACUGCAUCUGAUAAUGUAUUAUAUGUUCGAAGCCUAGUGACUUUUCAUUUUGACAUUCUUGUGAUUUCAUAUGCUGUAUUCUUCAAGCAAUAAAAUCCCGAUGUGUUUUAUAAAUUGUUUUUAUAUUCAAUUAUCUAUACAGAUUAACAGCAGGAGAUUUAAAAAUUAAAAAAAAAAAAAUUAACAUUUUUACUAGUUUCAAGAAUCUUAGGCCCAAAAGACACUUUGAUUAUUUGUAUAUAGUACCUGACUUUCUCCUUUGUUUACUGUUAUUUCAGAAAAUUUGGUUUUACUUGUGUUUUUGUAAUUUACAGUCCUAGGAUCCAGGCAUAACAAAGCUAAUUAAGCAAUGUUUUACUUUUUGCUUAUUUUCCAGCAUUUAAAAGUCACUAUAAUAUUCUGUCUGUUGAGAUUUUUUAAAUCUUGUGGAGAGAGAACCAAAUCUUUAGGGUGCUUGAGAAAUAAAGUUAUUGUCUAGUAAGUA